UCUAAUUCUGUUGUGGCGGAGAAGUUGGGCUUGGCCUAAGUAAGCAGAGAAGAGAGGAUUCAGUCUCAGCUCCGUUUACUCGUUUCUUUCUCCAUCUGUCUGUCGAUGUCGAUUACGGCGGCCUCAACGACAUGUCGUUUCCUCUUCUUUCCAAUACGAUGCUCUGCUGAUUCCAAUCCCCGGCGUGGUUUCGGAACCAAUUCAAACGACAGCCCCAACAAAGGGAAGAAAGUUACUAAAAAGGGCAUGGUCUUACAACAAAGGAAAUCAACAACUAAACCAUCUGAUGCUGUUCCUACUGAAGCGCCUGGUGUGAGUUCUAGAUUUGGUGGGAAAUCUAACAACAACACUACUUUGAAAGACCUUGAUUUUGAGGAGAAGCUGAAAGCAGUUAAAAGAGCAGCCCUUGAACAGAAAAAGGCAGAUGGGGAAAAAGAAUUUGGACCAAUCGACUAUGAUGCACCUGUUGAAUCAGAGAAGAAAACAAUUGGACUUGGUACCAAGAUUGGAGUAGGUGUAGCUGUUGUGGUUUUUGGCUUGGUAUUUGCUCUUGGGGACUUUCUUCCAACGGGAAGUGUUGGUCCUGAGGAUGCUGCAGUUGUUGGUAAUCAACUGUCAGAAGAAGAGAAAACUACUCUUCAGACUCAACUGAGAGAAUUCGAGGCAACACUGAGCAAUUCCCCAAAAGACCCAAUUGCUCUUGAGGGAGCUGCUGUAACUUUGGCUGAGUUAGGAGAAUAUACUCGGGCGGCAUCUUUGCUUGAGAACUUGACAAAGGAGAAGCCAAAUGACCCUGAUGUUUUGCGUUUGCUUGGAGAAGUUAAAUAUAAACUAAAGGAUUAUGACGGAAGCGCUAAUGCAUAUGAAAGUUCUGCAAAGGUGUCUAAGUAUCUCAGUUUUGAAGUUCUACGAGGCCGAGUAAAUGCAUUACUUGCUGCUCAGAAACCAUAUGAGGCUGUACGGUUCCUAGUUGCUACCCGAGAAGACCUAACUAAGGAAAACUCAAAUGCAAAAGCUGACAGAAGUACCGAGGACUCAGAAAUACAGAAAUUAGAUCCUAUUCAAGUUGAUUUACUUCUGGGGAAAGCCUAUUCAGAUUGGGGUCAUAUUAGUGAUGCUGUAUCUGUCUAUGAUCGGAUUAUCUCUAGCCACCCUGAAGACUUUCGCGGUUACUUGGCAAAGGGAAUUAUUUUGAAGGAAAAUGGGAACAAUGGAGAUGCAGAGAGGAUGUUCAUACAAGCACGGUUCUUCGCGCCGGAGAAUGCCAAGGUACUUGUGGAUCGCUAUUCCAGAAGAUGAGGCACCAUUGUCCAUUGCUGCUUCUGUCUGUCUGCGUAAAGAUAAUGGUAUGGCACUGAGUCUCACUAUUACAUAUCUUCGAAGAAGUAUGUUUCAUACUUGUGCAGUUUUGACCAUGAAAUUUCAGAUGAAAGUUCUUCAAGAGACCAUUAACAAUAUUAGAAAAAAUUCUAUUAAUGACAAGGUUGAAAGUGGUUUUUUGUUAUUGUCUCUUGAAGUAUAAGCUGUCAAUGAAGAGUAACAUUAAAUUUUAAUUAGUAGAUAAGGGAAUGUAUAAAUUGUUUUAUUAGAAUCAGCUUGUAUAGUUUCAUAACUAAGUUUAAAUUCUUUGUUUGGAUGUAGUUAGAGUAUACAUUUCAUUGUCAUGCUUGGCAAGUCGCACAGUAAUUAGACAGUAAAUAAAUACUGUGAUAAUUAAUAUUUAAAAUUAAUAACUGUUGAAUAAA